CCUCGCUCCCAAGAGCCCGGAGCCUAAGAGCCCAAGAUGGCAGAGCAGCGGAGCGUCAGAUGAGAGAGGACGUAUGCCCUAGCCCGUGACCGCGUCCUUUGGCCAUGUCUUGCGGUGAACCCACGCCCGAAGGCUAUCUCGAGAGAAGAUGAUGAAGAAGGUGAGCCUAGCGCUGAGCCGGUCGCCUCGCCAUGGGAGCAGCAGGUGCGGGAGUGCCAACGGCGAGGUGGUGCUGGGGUCGUCCUCGGCCGCCACGACCCUCGCCACCUCCUCGACCUCUUCCUCUUCUGCCUCCUCCUCCUCGCAGCACGACGCCGACAAGAAGAAAAAGUCGAGAGCCAGCGGGAUCCUGCAGACGUUGAGGAAGAAGAUCAGCGACAAGCUGGACACUCUCCAGCAGGGCGGCUCGAGCUCGACCUCGUCCUCGCGCGCCGCCCCCAGGAAGAGCAAGAGUGUCGAAGGCCUCUCCAACAGCUUCGGCGGGGACUCGUUCUCGCAGUCGGUGAGCGAGGAGUCCUCUAGUGACGGCCUCAACGCCUCUGGGGGCGGGGGGAGUGGGGGCACACACAAGGGCAAACAUAGCAAGCGUGCCAUCAGGCCUAUGAACACUCCCAUCAACACGCCCAUUACACGCCAAAACUCGUCAUCACAUGUGUUGGCAGCUAAUGGCGACGUGGACACACAAGGGGGCAAGGGUGAGGGUGGCCAGGGCAUCACGGCAGCUGUGUCCCUGUACAGCAAGCCUAAAGGUUACAUAUCAGAUGCAUCAGUGCAGAAGCAGCAGCAGCAGGUGUUGACUGAAGGCCAGGUGCCCAGGGCCAACGGCCGGGAUAAAGUGCCGACAGUGACAGUGGAUAGUGUUGGGGGGGUUGAGGAGUGUGUGUACACCAGUGCCAGUGUCCCCAGAAGGGGCCUUGGUGUUGCCAAGAAUGCUGACCACAGUGCCAUAUCGGAGACGUCAUCACCACAGCCCAACCGGACGUGCGGAUGUGAGUUGUGGGACCUUCAGGACAUGAGUCUAGAUGCUAGUAAGCGGAGCCUGGCAGAAGAGCUCUUCCAUCUGGCAAAGUACGGAUGGUACUGGGGACCAAUCACACGUGCCGAGGCUGAGGAAAAGCUCUUUGACCAGCCUGAUGGAGCCUUCCUCGUUCGAGAUUCAUCUGAUGACAAGUACCUGCUGAGCCUAAGCUUCCGGUCAUUCAACAGGACGCUUCACACACGCAUUGAACACAGCAAUGGCUGGUUCAGUUUCUACCCGCAUCCAGAGCAUGAGGGCCACACCAGCCUGGUGGGGCUGAUUGACCACAGCAUGAGCCAUUCUGAGUCAGGGGUCUUCUGCUACUCCCGAGCCCGUGGGCCUGGGUCUCCAUCCUUCCCUGUGAGGCUCACCAAGCCAGUCUCCAGGUUCACUCAGACGUCCUGCUGGAUGUUGCUAGCAGUGGCAUUGGUGCUGCUGAUGACGUCACGAGUAGGGGAGGCCCGAGCAGCUCCUCAAAGCGGCGCUAAUAAUCCGCUCCUUGUUCUGAGCCAUCUCCUGCUCGGACUCGAUCCCGCAGGACCUCCGAGGCUCCUCGAUGACGACUUUGCCGACCUGGAGGACGACACGACCCGCGAGGAUUUCAUAGACGACGAGGAUGGCAACCCCUUCAGCUUCUUGGGAUGACGUCAUCGCGAGAUUGGGCGCGGAUCUGCGCUGUUGUUGUUGUUGUUUUGGCGCGAUUCGGUGGGUUUUAACGAGAUUUUGCGAGUUUUCUCUCGAGAUCUUGUAUAAUGUUGACGAGCACUGCGGGAAAAAAUACAGUCGAGUGGAACCUUUACGGGAUAUUUACCUAUUUUAGAGCAAAUGUUAUUUAUGAAUGUUAGAAUGAAAAUAAUCAAUACUAGAAGACAAAACAUGUAAUGAAUAUAUAAUUACAAACGAGAAUAUUUAUAGUCAUAUUUUUAUCACCCAGCAUAUAUCUGCAAACAUAUGCCGGAUGUUCAAUAAAGUGCUGAACUAAAA